CGCAUGCGCGGAAGCUAUCGCGCGGCGGGGUCCGCUCAGUUUCCCGCAGUUGCGCCCGCGGUACCGGCUGCGGCGUCACGUGACCCCCCCGCGCAGGAAGAGCCGCGUCGGCCCCCCAGCUCUCGCCGCGUGAUCAUGAGAGUGGCGCUCCGGUGGCGGUCGCCAUGAGCCGCUCCGACAGUCCCGCCUCAGUGGCGCUGCUGUUUGCGGCGGCCGCCGCAGUCAGCGUGCUGCUCGUCCUGCUGCUCAACGCCGAGGCCAAGAGCAGGAAGUCGCACAGAGAGCCCGAGAUCAGGAACGGGAACAUGUUCUCCGAGCUGGGCGGCACCCUGAAGAGCUGGCUGGCCGAGUGGUUCAGCAGCUCCAACAGCAGCGCGGUCCAAGUUCUCGUCGUCGACACCAGGGACCUGGGGCCGGGGCCGGGGGCGGGGGCGGCGGGGUCGCGCCGCCUCCAGUGGGCGCGGGACGGCCGCCGCGUCAGGCACGGGCCCAAGCGCCGCCACGGCGACGCCUGCUACGGCACCAACGACGUGCUGCUGGUGGUGGGGCUCACGUGCGCCGUCAACCUGGCCUUCGCCGCCUCCGUGCUGGGGCUCGCAAGGGCCUGCCGCCGCCGGGCGGGCGCCAGGACGGCCGACGGCGCCGAGGAGCCGCUGCUCGCCUCGCUGGAGCCCGCGAGCUGCGACUGCCCCGAGUGCGCCCCGCGCCGCAGGCUGGGCGGCCGGCGGCCCUCCUCCAGGUCCAUGGAGCACCUGGUGUUCGUCGGGUAGCAGCGACGAGGAGCUGCGCCGUACAAUGUCUUCGAGCCCGUCACCGAACAGCUUAUUUGUCAAUAGAACUGUCCAACUCAGGUCAUGUGAACGUUUCUUUGCAAAUUGCAUUUUAACAGAAGCAUUGUUUUGUUCAGACCAUACAGCAUGAAGUUUUCAUUUGGGGCAAUUAAUAUUUUAAAUCUGCAGUCUAUAGUUAAAAAAAAAUGUGGGACCUUUGCUGUAUCGAAGCUCUAACUUACGUGCUGUGAGAUUUCGUAUACCCACCAAUGCGCCUAUUGCGUCCGCGAUGACUUUUUUUUUGACAGUUCUAUUGUCAAAUAAGCCGUUCAGUUUUGGGUCAUGUGUUAAUUUUUUUUUUUAACUGAGCAUUUUGCGGGUGUGGACUAUCUCGCCAGACUAGUGCAUUUUGAUACGUUUUGAUACAGUUGCGAGCAGUAGCAACUUUAAAGAAUCUAUGGUCAAAUAUUAUCUGUCAUUGCUCAUUAGGUUUUUCUGUAUUUUUGAAGGUCAAGUUCUCGGAGUCUAGAUAAUUCAAAGAAACUCUUACUUCCGUGAACUUGAAAUUAAUUUAACGUUAAUAGUGUGAUUAUAACCUUACAAAAUAAUGUAGAUACCUUAUUUAUAUUUAUGGUUUUUAAUAUAUCCUUGUAAAAAUUUUGAUCCACGUAAAUUUGAAUUGUAAUACAAUAAGUCACAAGUACUCAACUUUUUACAAGAGACAGACCCUUUUUCAAUAAAAUGAGCACAAUCAACAUUAUCGCUGUGGACCUGACGAAGCAAUAAGAGAACCAAUUUCGGGUAUGGGACGAUAGUCUUAAAUUAUUCUUAAAUAUAGCAAAACGUUUUACAAACCUAAAUGUAACGCAGUCGAUGUAAUGGUACCUAUAGAAAAAACUCCUCACAAUCAAACUUAUUUUCAUUAACAAUGUUUGUUUAUAAAAAUGUGUGAAAUUCUUAAUAAUUUUAUUUUAAAAUGUCAUUUACUUUCAAGUUAGUUUUAAAAGUGAAAAUGUAAUGCUUGUAUGAUAAAAAGAAAAUCGUAGCCUUCUAUAGACAUUACUUCUGAAUCUUCAAACGUUUGCGGAACACUUGCUGAACUUCAAAUACAGAAGGCAGAAACGCAAGAGUUGAAUUUGGCCGAUACCUGCAUUGCGUUUUUGCGUUUUGUAUAAUUUAUAAACGUGUAUUUUGCGUCUUGCAUUUCUUGCGUAGUUUAUUGACAAGACACUAUAGUUCAUAAGUAUGAGUCACAGUAUGGUUGAUGGUUUCCAGUUUUAAUGAAAGUUAGGUUCCUCUUUGAAGAUGAUGAUGUACAGUAACCAUAGCUCAGGAUGACUUUCAUGUAAAAUAAGUGUUUUUUAUUUAAAUAGUCAUUUAAAAAUCCUUUUUAUUUUGUUUCCAAACUUAUGGAAUAUACAAUGAAAAUACCAAAUGCAAUUAUUGACAAUACUAGGCUAAUUUUAAAAUGAUGUUUAAGGUGGUUUUAUUGUGAAAUACUACUUAAAGUAAAUUUACCAUAUGGAAAACAAAUCAAUAUUUUCUAUCUGUAAAUGGUUUUUAUAUUAUGUUGUUUUCUGCUGCAUGAAGUAUUAUAUGGUAAAUUAUAAUUUUAAAAAAUAAAGACAGUAGGUAUUGCCUUUAAGUAUCUCCUUGACAUGUGCUGAAUUUUAUGAAUAAUAUGUAAGUACCUCGGUAAGCUAACACUUCAUGGAACUUGCAAAUAAGUUUCUGAACACAUGUGUUUCUUGUUUUCUGUUAUAUUAAAUGUUUGUGAAAAAUAUGCAUCUACAAAUGAUUGGACUUAUAUGGAUGAUUUUAUCCUUUUUUUUUUAUAAUGUUCUGUAUGUUUCUCUUAGUAGAUAAAUAUGUAUUUUCCUAGAACUUUUGUAUCAAUAAAACUACAUUAUAUUUA